AUGGAAGAGAUUCAGUCGCAAGCCAAGGUUUUGGUGUCACAAUUGGUGACGAAAGCGGAGUCGUUUCCAUGCGUUAACAUCCACACGCCAUCGAUCGAACAUCCGUUCGGGCUUGAACUAUGGCCGAUUUUCAGCAAAGCGUUCGAGGCCGUUGCUGGGUACCCUGCCGAGCAGUUUGAGUUCGUCCACAACAAGACUUUCUUGGCUAACGGGUACCAAGCCAUCGGCGUGAUCGUUGCGUACUAUAUUGUCAUUUUUGGCGGCCAAGCCAUCCUCCGCGGCGUAAAUGCGUCGCCAGUGAGGUUGAGUCUAUUGUUCCAACUGCACAAUUUGGUCCUGACGUCCGUGUCGCUGGUUUUGCUGUUGCUUUUGGUCGAACAGCUGGUGCCCAUGGUUGUCAAGCAUGGUCUCUUGUGGGCCAUCUGCGACAAACAGGCGUUUGCGCCCAAGCUCGUGACCUUGUACUACCUAAACUAUUUGACCAAAUACCUGGAGCUCAUCGACACCGUGUUUUUGAUUUUGAAGAGAAAGAAGCUGUUGUUUUUGCACACCUAUCACCAUGGUGCCACUGCUUUGUUGUGCUACACGCAAUUAACGGGUAGGACUUCCGUGGAGUGGGUCCCCAUUGUGUUGAACUUGGGCGUGCACGUGGUCAUGUACUGGUACUAUUUUUUGAGUGCACGUGGCAUCCGCGUGUGGUGGAAAGAGUGGGUCACGCGGUUCCAAAUCAUCCAGUUUUUGAUCGACUUGGUGUUUGUGUAUUUCGCGACUUACACUUUCUACGCCAACAAGUACUUUGACGGGAUUUUGCCCAACAAGGGCACUUGCUACGGCACCCAGGACGCUGCCGCUUACGGAUAUUUGAUUUUGACCUCGUACUUGGUCUUGUUCAUCUCGUUCUACAUCCAGAGCUACAGAAGAGGCGCGUCCAAGAAGAAGGCCGCGGCGCAAGCCGCGGCCGAAGUCGCCGUCUCGUCCACUUCCAGCGCAGUGGACAAGAGAAAGCACGCUACCAAGGCGACUUCCAGAAAGGCGUAG